UGCUGUUUUACGUCUGGAGUUACUAGAAUUGAAUAAUCACUAAAAGGGAAGUUCUUCUCUGAUAAAACCAAAAAUAUAUAUAUUAUUGACAGAUUUUCCUAGAAAACAUAACAUGGUGUAUACUGUACAGAAUAAUUGGAUGACUGGAAAUCCAGGUCAGUUCACAGGAGAAAUGAACUAAAUGAUCUACACACUAAAUAGGUAUACUUUCACAGUAUUUCAUCUUGUAGUACGCAGCAUAGGAUGUGACCCAUGGAAUUGUGACUCUGAGAAUGUAAGUAUCUGCUGCUAUUACUAUUGUCUUCUCAAUAGUACAGAAGCUUAGUAGUAGCUAGAGAGCACAUUCUUGUCACUUUUAACACAUUAGUUAACACAGCAUUGUCUUGUAAAGAGCUGGCCAUCUAACUUUAGCUACACUAAAAAGAGCUUGUUGAAUUUGCUUAGUUUAAAUGCAUACAUCGAUUCCAUGUGACUGAAUUGAGUAACAUUAUCACAAUUCGUUUUUGCACACCCAACAUGAUUUGAUCACAUAUUUUCAAAGCGCUGAGUAAAAUCCAAAACUGAGCUCGCACCUGACCUGAGAAUCAAACACUGGCAUGACAGUGGUGUUUUAAACCAGACACGUUACAGCUACACUCUGUUACCAUGCAUGUUUUAAUUACCUAAAAUUAAUGCUAUAGUUAUAUCCCAUCAGUGAGAUUGUACCGUGUAAUUGGUUUAUUACUACAUGAAUUGCUUCUGCUCACUCUACGUAAUUCAAUCCAGUCAUUAGAAACUUGUUUCAAUUAAGUUUUCUUUAAGCAAUGAAAAGAAGUUUGUUUUGUUGACAAAUGUAAAACUAUACAAAAUGCUGUUUCUUAAAACCACCACAUAUUCCCUUUUUUCAGUGUAGAUAAAAGUACAAAAUGCAUGUCUUCAAUUCUGGUUCUAAUUUAUUUAGUCAUGUCCAUAGUACUACUGAGUCUGUCUUUUAUGGAACUAGAUCAUUUUAGUCACCUAGUGAAUCUUGUGUGUGUGAAGACCCAUGACGUAUGUCUAAAAAUGUAUUCCAAAUCAGACAAAACUUUGGAUUUGGAUAGCCAGGAUGACUCAAAUAUUAUGCACAGAAACUUGAAAUUAAGGUUUCAUGAUGAAACAUGAUGAAAAUCAAAUCUUUAAAAUAUAACUUCUACCAUUUCAUUCCCAUGACAGGCCAGAAUUUUCAGGAAGGUUUUUAUGAGUGCUGUGAGCCCUACUUGGCAUUCAGACUUUAAUUUAGGUCAGCUGGGGUCACUGGAUGUCCCAAAAGAAGCCCACUUUCAUGGGUCAUCAGUACAUCCUGGGCUAUGGGGAGUCUCCUGAUUUUCACCAUUGAAUGGGCUUCAACAAUUGCAUCAGAUCUUGUCAGAUGUUCCUCCCAGUAAGUCAAUCAAAAUGAUGGUUUUUGUGGCCUACUUUAGAACAUCUUAGCAAAUCAAUGUCAAUCAAUUAAUGCUUUGAAGCAAUUUAUAGAUGCAGCAUGAAAAGUGAAUAAGGGUCCACCAGGAGAUUCAGUCAUAUAAAACAGAAUGGAAGACAUGCCCCAAAGACUACCCACCUCAUUAUAAUUCUAUUAAUCUCUUCAGUCUGGGGGAAUAGCAUAAAAUCACUGGACUGUCAGUGAAGUUGUUUAAACAUGACUAAAUGGAAAAUUCAAAAAUCACGUUUAUGGCAGGAAAUACUGUUCAAAAAGGAUUAAGCAUUCAAAGAUUCAGCAUUUUUAACAGCCUUGCUGUUUCUGCACUUAUACAACAACAGUACAAAGGAUGACACAGUAUGAGAAUCUACAGCAGACCUGAUUUGGGCAGAUUUAUGAUCAAGUCAACAGACACCUACAUUGUCUAUGAUCGCUUCUAUCUCCAUGAUAUUCACUUUGUCUACAGCAUGUGGGCUUACGGGAGACAUGGGUACUUCCUGUGGACUGGAGAGCAUAGAGCCUAUGCAGACUGAGACUGCUACAACCAUGACCGGCUCAACCCCAUGAUCAGAGGAGGCUUCAUGUAGGCUCACUCUGUGGGAUUAAGACAUCAUUAAAGGCUGGGUUUAAGAACACUUCAUCCUGUUGCAUUUUCCCCCAUUUCUCUAAAACACAGUAGAGAAUGCUGUCAAGAUAAAAGAGCUCUGACAAAGACAAUGAAAGCAGACAAACCACCAGACCUAUAAUGGUAUGCAGUCUACAGAAUGCAAUCUGCUGACAUGGCACGAGUUUAUGAGCUACACACAAAAGCCAUGUCCCAUGGUCAGUCUAUAAAGAGGCCCUGACCUGUAAAUGGAUCUCAUCUGCUCUGAACACACUCACUAUGGGCAAGAUUAUCUUCUUUGAGGAAAAGAAUUUCCAAGGCCGUCACUAUGAGUGCAGUAGUGACAGUGCUGAGUUGCAGCCCCACCUGAACCGCUGUAAUUCCAUCCGUGUCGAGAGCGGCUGCUGGAUGGCUUAUGAGAAACCAAACUUCUCUGGCUACCAGUACAUGCUGCACAAGGGAGAAUAUCCAGAUUACCAUCACUGGGCAGGUUUUAAUGAUCGCAUCCAUUCCUGCCGCAUUGUACCUUCUUACCAAGGAGACUACAAAGUGAAGAUCUUUGAGCGCUCUGAUUUUGGAGGCCAGGCCAUAGAGCUGAUGGAGGAUUGCCCAGAUUUGCGCAAAUGUUUCCACAAUGGUGAAAUCCUCUCUGCUAAUGUCAUGGAAGGUUACUGGAUCCUUCACGAGCACCCCAACUACAGUGGGCGCCAGUACUUCCUGCACCCAGGGGAGUACAGGAGGUUUAGCGAGUGGGGCAGUGUCAGUCCUGCUACAGGCUCCCUGAAACGGAUCACCGAGCUCAACUGAAAAGAUUUUCUGCCUAAUAUAGCAAACUAAUCAUACCUGGUUAUCAAGUGCUUCCAGCAUGAUCUGAUCUUUUCAGUUGACUGUGGCUUGACUGUGUAAUCAAUAUGUAACAUGGAUUCAUGUUGCUUUUUUUUGGCCUCUGUUUGAGCUAUUCAUUAGCUAAAACAAAUGUUUGCAUCUUUUGUGUGUUGACAGAUCAUAUACUUACCUAGCACCUGAAGCGUUAAUGCUUAAAGUGCGAACAAAUUGAAAUUAAAGUACUUUUAUACCUUCAACUUACACAAAUGUAUUAUGGUGUUUAAUAAGGAGACCAAAGUUUUCUCACUUCAUUUGCUGGAUGGUAUACAGGCU